AUGAUACAGUUUGUACUACCUUACAAUAUAGGGUACACAGUUAAUGUCAACGUCAAGGAAAGUUUUCUUUAUCUAAGAAUCAUGUUUAACGGCUCUUCAACGACUAGGCUCAAUACAUCAACUCCACAUUUGGACGUUUGUAGUUUUUAUCGCAAUGUCCGUGAUGGGGACGUCGCUCCGCAAGAUAUCCUAGUUUUGGUAGGCGCCAUCAACGCCCUUCUAUCCGUUGUAGCUGUUACGGGAAACACGUUAAUUUUAGCGGCAAUAUGGAAGAACUCAUCGCUUCGAAGUCCUUCAUAUAUUCUAUUAGCUGGGCUCGCAGCCACUGACUUUGCUACUGGUCUGAUCACGCAGCCGUUAUACGUUGCUUACAUUUUUGCGGGACAUAAUUGCACGGUAGUCGCAGCCGCCGAUGUUGCCAGUCGCUAUUUUGCCACUGUAACGGCGGAGACGAUCACGAUGAUGUCUGUAGAAAGAUGGUUGCACAUGAGUCGUCGAUCGUUGAUAACUGUAAGGCGCACCUAUGUAAUUUACGGAAUACUCCUAUUCCUUCCAGUAGCCUACUUGCCUCUUCACCUGUGGUUACUCUCGAUGCAGUCGUACGAAGAUUUCUGGGAACCUCUUCUCCACGCGGUUUUAAGUGUUAUUUGCUUUUCGACAACAUCGUUGUCCUAUUAUAAAGUAUUUAGAAUAAUUCGAAAUCAACUAAGACGCGUUCGAGCGGGCCAGACAAGCCAAAGCUCUCCGAUGGCCUCUACUAAAUACAAGAAAUCAGUUUACACAAUUCUUAUCAUAUUAUUAGUUUUCUUGCUUUGCUAUUCGCCGCAUGGAAUUGUUAUUUUUGCCCACUCUUUGUGGACAAUGUCAGCAGUGACCUUUAAUGUGGUUUGGCAUUUUACAGCUAGUCUCGUUUUGAUAUCUUCGUCAAUAAAUCCUCUUCUUUACCAUUGGAGAAUAAGAGAAAUUCGACUUGGAGUUAAACGAUUAAUGAGAGGAAUUAUUUGCUAA